AUGCUAGCUCCAUUGACAGCGCUGGGUCUUGCUGGUACGACUUUCGAGAUUAUCCAUCUUGAUAUAAGGCUUACAUCGACCGUCCGUGAUGCACAUGCGGCUGGCUUCGAGCAAUAUGUGAACGACCUGAAGCUUUUGGUCUCGGAUAUCAGGACAUCGGUAUCCAGAUUAGCGAGCAUAAUUGCUGACGAUACAGCUGACGGCCAAACAACCAGCGAAAAGCAAGUAAAGUUUGCUUAUUGGAUUAAUGGAAAGGCAGGCUCUGGAAAAUCCACCCUACUUUACUUUCUGAUCAGGCACGAGAGGCUUGCGGAUUACCUUCGCACUUGGAGCGGCACUGGGCGUUUAACUCUCGCUCACUUCUUCUCGUGGAGUCUGGGAAGUGCUUUGCAGAAUACUGAAAUGGGGCUCCUGCAGUCACUCCUAUAUCAGGUCCUUGCGGAAGACGAAAGCUUGGUACAUCAAGUGUUCCCUGAAUUAUGGCAUGACAUUGACCCUUUGCAACCACCCAAACUUGAGUCAUUAUCUUUAAUAGAAGUGAAGCGUGCUCUGAAAAGGUUGCUCGACGUAUCGGCUGGUAGACGGUGCUUCUGCUUCUUCGUGGAUGGCAUCGAUGAAUUCAACGGAGACUACAACUCUAUCAUUGACCUUCUCCUAGCCUUCGAAGCGCCUGAUCUCAAGUUUGUUCUGGCGAGCCGUCCAGUGGAUGUUUGUCUCGACAGAUUUGCCCAUCUUCCGCAACUACGACUGCAAGAUCUCACAGCUGGAGACAUAGAGAUUUACAUUGAUGAACGCCUGUCGUCCAAAUACGAAAUGUCCGAUCUGAUGCGUGAUGAACCUGAAGCAGCCGUUGAACUUGUUCACGAGCUGAAGGACCGUGCAAGUGGCGUCUUUCUCUGGAUCAAGUUGGUUGUUACAUCUCUGUUAGAUGGCUUGAAGAAGGGCGAUGAUGUUGCCGACUUAAAGAUCCGGCCUCGAGCACUUCCUCCAGAUCUGAAGGAUCUGUUCGCGUCUAUGCUUGGCAAGAUGGAAGCGGGCUAUCAAAAGCAAGCGGCUGUUCUCUUCAGACUCGUUCGUACAGCAUCAUUGCUUCUUGACGGUAGGGGCAUGCCGACUCAAUUUCUGGCAGUCGCCAGUCGCGAUUUCCAGUCGGUAUUAAAUCGGAGGCCAAUUGCAUUCGAAACUGACAAAAUCGUGGCCUGGUGCAAAUAUGUGGAGCGGCGGCUCAGAAGUCGAUGCUGCGGCCUUGUUGAGAUACACGAGUCGUCAUACAGACCAGAUUGGUGGCGCACUGAUUUGGAGAAACUCGACAAAAGCAACCAAAAUCUACUUGCUUCUCACGUUCAGUUUCUACAUCGUACCGUCGCCGAAUACCUAUACCAGGAUGAAGUCUGGGACGAGGUUGUGUGCAAGAGCUCCAAGAAUACGGACUUUGAGCCGCAUAAAAAUCUAGCUUAUGCUGCGCUGCACAUGAUGAAGAUAUCACCUCUAGCUGACGAUCUUCCCACGAUGCAAGCAUAUAGUUGGGCGAAGGUGCUUGUUCGUGCUGUUUCGGAUUAUGAGUGCAAUAGAGGCAAAGCUCUUGAAGAUUUGGUCGACGAGAUGGAUCUUGUUCUACGCCAUCACACUUCUACUUCUUCUCAAUUCUCGCACUGGUCUUCCUACAUUGAUCUUGAUUCCGCUAGAAAUAUCGUACAUGGUCAUCUCGUGGUUCUUCGACAGCCAUUGAGCAGUUUUCUGUCGUUCGCAGCUUUCGUGGCACUUGACAUAUACGUGGAUUCAAAGCUCGAACGUCAUGGACUUCAAUUCGGCGCGGGAACAUCGGUUCAAAAGAUUAUGCUGCAAAGUCUCUUCUCCAGAUCCAGUGACUGGGUUAAGAUUACAUGGACGGAUAGAGUCGAUGUCGUAUGCUCUAUGCUUAAGCACGGAGCCAAUCCGAACGAAACCUUUGAAGGGCCUAGUCUUUGGCAGUGCUGUCUGCAACAACUAUUGGCUCUCAACUGUAGCGAAACAUCCUCAGCGAGUCAAGUCACGCAUCGGAAACGUGAUCGCCGACGCAUAAGCUCUACUCCAGGUCUUCCUCGUUCCGCAGAUUCCCCAUGUACUUGCUCACCAGCAGACUUCAGGGAUUGGUCUCAGCUCAUCAUGGCCUGCUUGCACGCAGGUGGAAGACUCGCAGACAUCGACUAUCUUAAGCCUUGUGCACAGGCGGAUCCAGGAAGCUCAGUAUGCUACUUCCGCCAACUCUGUCAGCAUCUUUACGGAGUCAACAACGAAAGUCAUAGGCCACAGCCUCUACUCGGUCUGCCUACUCCACUCUCUCGAUCCGUGUCGACGAUGCACGAGAGAGACCAGGGCAGCACAUACGGACAAAUUUCGUUGUCUGGCUCCGCAACCGCACUUCUUGGCAACGCGUACACUUGGGGCGACAAGAUCACUCAUGUGCAUCACAACUAUUUCGGUGGUGUUCUCACCUCGAACGAAGUCUCUCACCAGGUACAGCACUCUGCUGAAAAUGCAGGCGAAACAAGAACAAAACAAGACCUUACCUCACGACCAGAAAACGAUUUCACCACAAUACUUGCUCAAUUUCAGAGUGAUGUCGUAGCGGUCUUGCAGGCUUCGCCACUGGGCAGUCCAGGUUCUGAAAAUCCUGCCUUCAGAGAGGCUAAUCUUACAGAGAAUGAUAGGCUUAUGGUCAGUGCUUCGCACUGGCGUGGCUGUCAACCUACCACUUUCAGCGAUCGACAGUGCAUCAAUCCGAGUUGCAUCACAAGCACGACAAUUGGCUGGGAUUAUGUGCCCUUACUGAAAGGGCUGUUGUGCUUGGACUGCUACGAAUGCUGGCGGGCGACUGGACAGCUCCGUGCCGAAACUAGAGGAAGGGAGCUCGUGCUGUCGGCUGAAGACCUUUUUGAGCAAUCUUUCACCAAUACCCUGCAACUCACGACGACUUGCGACUCUGAUGACAGUGAAGAAGAGCUUUUUGACGCUCCAACACCAAGCACCAGGUAUGUGGUCCCAAGCAGCGUGGACUCAGAUACGAGCGAGGUAUUUGCUACACCACAAUCGAUUAACAUAAACUUCACAAGAUCGGCUCCGUCAAGUCAACCGGGGUUUCAUGAUAUUACAUCUGGCACACCACAUUAUCUGCGAAGUUACAAUGGUCGAUAG